GACCAUUGGUAUGGCUCAGGAACACGGCCUGUGAUGCCAGCAGCCUAGUUUCUGCAGCUGGCACCCCGGGCCUUUCCUGAUGUGGUGCUUGACCAUAGAAUGAAAUGGCUUAUAUUGUCCCAAAUUUCUAUAUGCAUUUUUUGGCUAGAUCUCAGCCCUGCCUAAUAUUGGCAGCUCCAUCAGUCUUCUGGUAUCAAAGAAAUAAUGGACACCAUUUACAGCAUUUGAGAUAUGCCACUGAUACUUCUUUAGGAGAGGAGAAUAAAGCCACCGUGGAAAAUCUGUCCGAAUUAUCAGUGGAUAUAAAGAAAAUCCGUAGGUUGAAGCCAAGAGUUCUAUCAAAAGAGGUGUCAUAUGUCAAGGAAAUAGCUAAUAUUUUGCAAACAAUUGGCGCUGAUGGACCUUCGGUAGCACAUAUGUUUGAAUGCUGUCCUGAAGCCAUUCUUUGUAGUCCUACCAACAUCACUUGCCAAAGAGAUCUGUGGUUAUCUGUCUGUCAAAAUGAAAAGCAGUUAGUGGAGUUAAUAAAACGGUUUCCAGAUGCUUUUUUUAAUGUUGAACAUUAUGAAAAUCAGAAGGCCAACAUUAGUUUCUUCAAAGCACUGGGGCUGAAGAAUGCUAUCAUCCGUCGGUUUUUAACAAGUGCAUCAAAUAUUUUUUACAACCCUGUUGAAAAGAAUAAGCAUGUGAUAGAAACUCUGCAAAGAAACUAUUUAAGGCUAGGUGGUUCACAGGAAAAUUGGAAAAACUGGCUAUUGAAAUUAUUGAGUCAAAAUCCAUUUGUUUUAUUAAAUACUUCUACUACUGUCCAAGAAAACCUGGAGUUUCUUCAGAACAAUCAAUUCACCGAUUCCGAAGUUUUAAGCCUGUUGUCCAAGCUCAAAGGAUUUAUUUUUCAACUUAAUCCUAGCAAUAUGCAGAGUAGCCUCUUGUUUUCAAAGACCAUCUUCAAUUGCAGUGAUCAAGAAUUAAAAGAGCUAAUAUUACAGUGUCCUGCCCUUCUCUAUUAUUCAGCUCCAGUUUUGAAGGAAAGACUAGAUGAACUAUUGAAGGAGGGAAUUUCUAUAGAACAAAUUAAAGAAUCACCCACUGUGUUAGAAUUAUCAACAGAGAUAAUUCAGUAUCGGAUUAAAAAAUUAGAUGCCCUAGGAUACAGUCUGAAGAAUGGAACUAUAAAAUAUCUCAGUGGAACGAAAAAAGAUUUUGAAACUACCUAUGGAAAGAUACAAGCAAAAAGUGAGAGACCCAUAUAUAAUCCAGUGGCUCCUUUGAAUAUUGAAGAUUAGUUUCCAGAACCUGCUUAAUAAAAAGACAGGACUGAUUUGUCUUUCAUAAUUCAAAUAAAUUGCACAUAACUGUACUUAGAAAUUGAAUU